AUGUCUCCUCGUCACCAUCGAUCUUCCGGGAGUUAUCCCCAUUCGCAGAACAGUGAGGAGGAGGUUCCCACGACGUCUUUCCCGGCAGACUUUUCCUUCAGGGUUGAAUUCCCCGCGGGUAGUCUUCCUGCUCAUGCCAAUGCCGGUUGUAGCCGGGAGGUUUUUUCCUCCACUUCCAUUGGGCAAGUCAUUAGCCCAUUCCCUCAGUUUGACCAGGAUCGUUCUGACGAUUCCUGCCGUUUAGUACGGGAAGGAGGGCGCCAUUGCUUGCGCCAGCUUAUCACAGACGCCACUUUUACCGCUGAUUCUACUUCCACUCAGGCUUUACAGAAGCCGAGCUUCUUGUUCGGGGAUCAUGUCGAGGACCCCGCUAUACUGACUCUUGGAGAGGAGCACUGGCUGACUCUUGAUGGAGGAGCUCUUUUAUACAUUCCAUCAAUUCCCCGCCAAUAUUCUUUUACCCAUUUGAGGAGACAGGCCGUGAGGCGACAGAUGUCCUGGGAUCUUACUAAGGAUGCUGAGCGAGUCCCGUGUGGAUAUACCUCUCAUUCUAAGACCCCUGGUUCUGGCGGGUAUCACCAUAUUCGUGGUCUUUGCCCAGGGAUCACGGGCCUUGAUACUGCACCCCCAGGUGAGACGUCAGCAGCUGCCUCUACUGUGGGUAAUCGUCUGGCUCUUCUGGGGAGGCGAUUACCUCCACCAGAGCCCAGAUGCUAUGGUAGGGCAGCCAAUGAUCAUGAGCCACCAGCUCCUACACACGUUGAAACGUGUGAUAGGCCUGCGCAUGUUCGACCUGUUGGCCCUCGAAGGGUUGGUGCCCUGAAGAGGAAGAAGACCGCCCACAAGUCCCAUGACGGUCAGCGUCCCUAUGGAGUGGACUUAGGGAGCACUGCCGAUGGCGGGGGAGGUAACAUUCAAUUGCUCUUGCUCCAAGGUUGUUUACCUUUUGUGAUUUGUAACCAUGUUUCGUGCUUCAGGGUUCUUCGAAGAGGGCGAAAUCCCACCGGGUCCAGUGUCUCCUGGACCUGA